UUCUGCCUAAAAUGUUUGGCUCGUCAAGAUCUGGGGGCCUACGCGGAGGUCAGGACCAGUUCAACUGGGACGACGUGAAAGUCGAUAAACACAGAGAGAAUUAUCUGGGAAACUCCUUGAUGGCACCGGUUGGAAGAUGGCAAAAAGGUAAAGAUCUGACGUGGUACGCAAAAGACAAAAAAACUGGCAAACCGUUAUCCAAAGAGGACGAGCUUGCUGCUGUGAAAGCAGCAGAAGAGGAAGCACUGAUGGCUGCGCUAGGUCACAAAGUUAUAAAGAGACAACCAACUGGUCUUACCAAAGAGGAUCUUGUAGAGGUUUGUAGAAGGGAAGAGGCAGACGGUGAAGAGAGGAGCGUGGAUCGUAUAUCAGGCUUGGGAAGCUCCAGUGUGGGGUCACGGAAGAUGUUGCUGUCCCAAAAAGAGAAAGAAGCGGCUAAAAUGGGUCUGCCGAUUUUUACACACCACAAGACUGAAGGUCAUCAAGAAACAUCUGCAACAAAAACAUCUGAGAGCGUUGAAAAAUCAGAAGAGACAGAAAAAGGUUUGCAUGAGAGCAAAAAGAAAAAGAAAGAAAAAAAGAACAAAAAGGAAAAGAAGAAGAAAGAAAAAAAGAAGAAAAGGAAAAGACGAGAUUCGUCAACCUCCGAGUCCUCAUCAUCGGAUGAUAACAGGAAAAGACACAGAAAGGACCACCAUCAUCAUAAUCCAUCAUACCAUAGUCAGAGUGGAGCCAGACCCCAUGACAGCCAUUCAAGGGAGGGAGCAAAGGCCGAGCGACAGCCGUCCCGCCCCCGUCAUCGACGGCAGAGGCACGAUACAGACUCUUCUGAUGGGGGGUCUCCAGCCCGCAGUAACUCUGCCUUCCACAAGAAGGCCCCCGCUGGUGCCACACAAAGUCACAGGAGACGCCACGACACAGACUCGGACGACUAAUGUCGCUCGCUCCCCCACCAAAACCAGUAUAGUGCAAACACAGCUUUUUAGGACCUCCUGGAUCAUGGUCAGCCAGGAAUACUGUGAUGCUUCUUACGUUAUGCUUUAUGUAAUACCACUAGUUCCCCAUGUGAGAAAGAUGAGCUUGGUGUUUCUAUUUAAUUUUGGUGAUGAGUCCAUCUUGUUUCCGAAGCAGUUUUGUCAUUAAAUUCACAACUGUAUUUGUUUUGCUUGUUUGUCCAAAACCUUUUUGGCUUUGAUUUUCCAAAGAAUUCCUGAGGCAAAAUUUCAUCUUUUUAUGUUUUAUAAUUUUUUCUAACAUACAUUAGUUGACACUUUUUCCUUCUCAUUGAAACAUAGUAUUGUAAUGUGGACACAGUUUUAAUUUAAUAAAUUAUGAAGCAUAUUGUAUUGAGAUAUAAUUAAUAAACCAGUUUU